AUGCUAAGCAAAUACGUGAUCUGGUUCAAGAACUGGAGGGCUUUGAAGUCAAUCCAUUCGGUCGAGCACUUCCACGUCAUGCUUUACGAUCCCGACCCGGAAUUUGUCAGGAGGAUUACGAAUGGUGACGUGCCGUUGAGCAGGAAAGUAUGA